GGAGAAGAAGCUGUCUAAGGACCAUGAGAUUUACAGUAACAAGCUGCGGGACAAGAAGAAGAAGUUCCAGGAGGAACUAGACUACGCGGAGAAGCAGGUGAAGAUGUUCCAGAACAAGAGCAACAUGAACGAGGCCGAGAACUUCAUACAGGAACUGGAGGACAUCGCCAGGAAACUGGAACUGUUCCAGGAAGAGAAAGUAAAGAUAAACCGAGAGGAGAUGUUGCUGGGACAGGAAGUGAUGUCACAGUAUGGACAGAUCCAGGCCAUCACCACCGCGCGAGAACCGUACGAAAAACUCUGGAGGACGGCCGUCACCUUCCACAAGGAGCACGACAACUGGAUGAACGGUCCACUACUCAAGGUCAAUGCAGAGGUCGUGGAUGAAGAGGUCCAGAAUCUGUGGAAGACAGCUUACAAACUGACAAAACAGUUUGCCCACCCAGACUUCCGCGGACCUAAAACAGCAGCCAUUAAAAUCAAAACAAGGCUGGAGACGUUUAAGAUCCACAUGCCGUUGAUUAAUGCUUUGUGUAAUCCUGGCAUCAAAAAGAGGCACUGGGACAUGAUGAAUGAAAAGGUUGGUUUUAACAUGGCUCCCAAUGAAGAAACACCAUUACAAGAGAUACUGAAGUUAGACCUGGACAAAUAUCUGGACGUCCUACAGGAAAUCAGCUCACAGGCCAGCAAAGAGUUCGCUCUAGAGAAGGCUCUGGAGAAGAUGAAGAGUGACUGGCAGAACAUCCACUUUUCCUUCGUCCCGUACAAGGAUACUGGUAUCUCUAUCCUCUCCUCUCCCGAGGAUAUUCAGGUCCUGCUGGACGACCACAUUGUCAAGACGACCACAAUGAAAGGAUCACCAUUUAUAGCUCCUUUUGAAGUGGCAGUUAAUGAGUGGGAUAAUCUACUGGUUUGUAUAUUGAAUGUUCACUUUUAA